AUGGAUGACCUAAAAUUAUUUACUUCAAAUUACGAGAGUAUGAAACAAAAUGUAAAAGUUGUUGGACAGUUCAGUAAUGACAUCAGAAUGGAAUUCAGUAUUGGUACAUGUGCAACACUGCAGUUGAAAGGUCGGAAAAAAGAUUUAGAAGUUGAAAUUUCAAAGAUGUGGGUGUUAAAAUCGAGAUUGCUAUCUGUGGUAGUUGGAGCAAUGCGAGGAGUAGGCAUGGAGUUGAAGAAAAAUCUGGAAGAGAUACCUGGAAAACCUGAUGUGGUGGAGACGAAAAAUAUUUACACCUUGACGAAAGUACUCAGAUGA